GCAGCUGAGCCAGUGUGGUGAUGAAGAACCCAAGGGGCGGCCUCCGGGCGCUGCUGCUGCUGCUGCUCCUGGGUCUACUAGAUGUCUCCCAGGCCCAGAGCACCUGCACUGGGCACGCGGCCAUCCCUGGCACCCCGGGCAUUCCUGGGGUACCAGGCUCUGAUGGCAAACCUGGGACCCCAGGGACAAAGGGAGAGAAAGGGCUGCCAGGGCUAGCUGGAGACCAUGGCGAGUUUGGCGAGAAGGGGGACCCAGGGAGUCCUGGAAAGCCAGGAAAAGUUGGCCCCAAGGGCCCCGUGGGUCCCAAAGGCACCCCAGGGCCCCCCGGAGCCCGUGGCCCCAAGGGCGAAUCAGGAGACUACAAGGCUACGCAGAAAAUCGCCUUCUCGGCCAAACGCAACCUCAACAUCCCCCUGCGGAAGGACCAGGUCAUCCGCUUCGACCACGUCAUCACCAACGCCAACAACAACUACGAGUCUCGCAGCGGCAAGUUCAACUGCAAGGUGCCCGGCCUCUACUACUUCACCUACCACGCCAGCUCCCGAGGGAACCUGUGCGUGAACCUCAUGCGGGGCAGGGAGAGUUUCCAGAAGGUGGUCACCUUCUGUGACUACGUCCAGAACACCUUCCAGGUCACCACAGGCGGCAUCGUCCUCAAGCUGGAACAGGGGGAGAGCGUCUUCCUGCAGGCCACCGAGAAGAACUCCCUGCUGGGCAUGGAAGGUGCCAACAGCGUCUUCUCUGGGUUCCUCCUCUUCCCGAACCCAGAGGUGUGACCUGGGGACUGAUUCAGCCCCCUCCCCUCCCCCUCCCAAUCCCCUCGCCCACCAGCAACGCUCACUUUACCCCCAACACCACCCCUGC